GGAAAAAGAAAGUGGAACUGGAAAGUCUCAUUUGGUUGCAACGUAAUGUUUUGAGGAAAAAUGUAAGUGCCUGGUCGAUUGCAGCUGAGAAAAACCGCAAACAGAAGAGUUUAAGAGACCCAUGUAAUAUUAUUUCACUCUUUCUAUUUUGUAUCUGGCCAUGUCUUUUUUGUCGUCAUCAGUUUAGUCGCAAAUAGACCACGACUAAAGAUUCGAGGAAAAUGAUAGAAAUUAUUUUUUAAGGAUCGAAAUGAAUAUUCUCUUAAAUAAACUCGUGCGUAUUUUUUUAUUCUCUUGCAUCAUAGCUAAUGUGGAUAAAAAAUUAACAUGAAAGCCUCAGCGUCUCAUCUUUGAUCUUGAAAGUCAAAACGAAUUUCUCGGAGAGUUCUAGGUUCCAAAUCGAGCUCCAUCGAAAAUCUACUGUGUGCGUGAGCUUGGUGGGCAUUAAAUCAAAUAUCGAGAGUCAAACAUCUUUCUAUUGGUGUGGAAUUGAACUUUGGCUGAAAAGAUGCUGACUUGGCUAUCAUCCUCUUCGUCUGACCACGGCUGAAAAUUGAGUAGCCCGUGUCUGAAUAGCCCUCAUGCUACUUCAAAGCAGAAGAUUAUUCUAAUUAAACCAAACAAGAAAGAGUAUCGGAAUAUGAUAAUAAAAUAAAUCGAAUUCGAAAUCGCAGUCACAUGACAAGCAUGAUUCAGCAUUUCCCGUACAGCACAAUGUCUGGGCUAAAAGCAUGGCUUCAUAUUUUCUUUCCAGGCACAAGACGAGAAGUGGACUUAAAAGUCAAUCGGAGAGGUGCGUUUGCCGUUUAUCACUUGAGCAGAAAGUGAUUCCUUAAACCACUAUCACAAAUUUAUAACAAGCUUGGAAAAGAAGACCUUAGACUCAGGAGUAAUCCUGUGAAAUCAUUUUCAGUUGGUGGAAAAAUCCUUGGAAAACAUUCAUUUCCAGUAUUAACAUCUUUUCUCCGUGAAUUAAAACCAGUGUACAAAGAUAACAGGUUUCAAAGAAUUGUUUGGCUGGGAUUAGUAAAUUUCUUAUCUUUAUUAUUACUUCUAAGCUGGUGCAAUGUUACUGAAAGUAUGGGUCUGCUAUCAUAUACAUAUCUUAUUUUCUUUGACACAUUAUGCUUGUGCAUUUGUGCUCUCAGUAUAUGGGUUGAACAGAAGAAACCCAAUGCCCAUUACACAUUUGGGUAUGAAAGAUUAGAAGUUCUAGCUGUUUUUGUAUCAACAACAUUCACAUUAGUUAACUCCAUUUUUAUAAUCAGAAGGAGUAUUUGGAGGUGGAUUCAGCAAGCUCAAAUACACACAGGUCUGUUGAUUCCUGGAAUUGUAUUAGCCUUUUUAUGUCAUAUGCUGAUAACAUAUUGCAUGAAAAAUAAAGGCCUAAAUUUAGUUAUUUGUGCUUCUGAUUCAAGCUGGCUUCAGAAUCGGAUGUCAUUUUUUAAUCAGAGCUUAAGCCAUGUUGUUCCUGGUGUGACAACCAACUCAUGGCCCCGGUUUAAUCCAUUCUCCUUGUUAGGAUGUACAGCUGGGGGAAUUUUAGUAUUAACUACAUUUCUGGUUGAUAUUUUUAAUUACCACAGUGCUGAUGCUUUAGCUGGUAUUUUCAUCUCAUUCCUAAUCUGCCUCACAAUGUAUCCUCUGAGUGCCUACAGUGGGAAGAUACUUUUACAAGGAACACCUCCACAUGUUAAAGAUUUAUUGGAUAAAUGUCUGAGAGAAGUGUCAACAUUGGAUGGUGUUCUUGAAUUUAGAAAUGAGCAUUUCUGGUUGUUAGGAUUUGACAAAAUAGUUGGUACUAUACAUGUGCGGAUACGUAGAGAUGCAAAUGAGCAAAUUGUCUUGUCACAUCUAUUGAAUAAGUUAUCAUCAAUGGUUACUGAUAUAACUAUACAGAUUUUCAAAGAUGAAUGGACUUGGAGUAGUGGUACUAGACAAAUUCUUGGUGAUCAUUUCUUGAAAUUUCCCACAGGAAGUGAGUCUUAUUCAUUACCAACAACAGUCACCACAUCAGUUUCCAGUACUGAAAAGGAAGUUAUUUUAAACCCUAAUUUGUCUUACAAGAAUUCUUAUGCGUCUGCAUAUACUGCUCCUAGUACUAAAACCCAUGAUUCCAAGAAAACACCUGGUAGCUAUGCUACCAUUCCCUUACCACCAUCUUUAUCUUCAUCUCAUUCUCCCAAAUCACCAGUGCAAGAAUAUUCAAUAGAUAUGACUUCUGAGGCAAAUCUUGCGCAAACUCAUGCAUCCUACGAUACCAGUCCUCACUCAGUUCGUCAAGUCCCUUAUAGUUUGCAGAGUGUGUCAAGUACAAAUAAGUAUAACAGAGAGCUUACAAUAAAUCCUCUUUUUACUUCUAAAUCAGAUUAUGUGAAAUAUAAGAGUUGAUAUAGUCAUAUUUUACUUUUAAUAGCAACAUUUUAACAUUCUUUCUCUAGAGACAUUUCUGGGAAAUGAUUGUCUUUUUGGACUCUCUAAAAACAAAAGGUCAGAUUUUGUGAAAUAUUCUUUUUGAGAUUUGUGUACAUAUCCUUGGUCAAAGACAGUGCUUUAGGUUUACUAUGAAAAUAAAUUUAUCUUAACUAUAGUCAUAUUCUUUAGUUUUGUUUUUAUAAGGUAAAAGUGUGUUUAUGUGUAUAUAAAAUGAGACAAGUUAAUGUUUCUGAGUUUUAUAUAUUGAAAGUUUUUAGUUUGCAGGUUUUGUGUAAAUGUGAUGCCCUAUUUAUCUUUUUUUUUUUUAUAUGAUUUAUGGGCCAUGUGCGCUUUUUUUUUUUUUCACUUCUGCUUUUUAUAGUAUUUAAAUUGUUUCUUCAUUUUUAAAAUAAAUAUUAUUUUAAAUGAAGGUUUCUAGAAACAUUUUUAAAGCUUGUUAAGCAUUAAUAUACUUUAUUAUUUUUGUUAUAUUUAAAGAUUUAUAGUAUGGAAAAUUUCAUGAAAUAGUCUAGGGAUAUACAUGUUUACAUUUUGAAUGUUUAUCAAGAAUCUUUCAAUAAUUGUUAAUUUCUGUCAACUUAAUCUGCAUUAUUUUUAUAAAUAAUCUUAAGAAAAUACUAGAAUUGCUUAUUGUGAAUUUAGCAUUUGAAAUCUGUCUUUUUUGUAUUCUGAUUAAAUUUUGUUUAUAAAUCAAAUGUAGUUCGUAAUUUAUAUUUUAAAUGCUCUAAGUUUUAUAAUCUCUUAAAUUUUUAUAGAUAAAAGGCAAAAUUUCUUUUCUGCUAUGCAGAUAGUUCUAAAAAGAAAUGCAUGAGUUUAAAAUAAUACUUUGCUAUAAUUUAACUUCAGAAAUAACAUGUAUAACUUGUCUUGUUAUUUAACUGUAUUUUAUUGUGAUGUAAAACUUAAUAUAAUAAGUACCAAUUUUACAUCUUAAGAAAUAAUUAUAUAUAAAUUAUGGAAAAAAGGUUUCAAAAUUAAUUUUUAAAAAUCUGAAUCAAACUUAUAAAAUCAAUUGUUUUGUGAAAUCUUAAGUGCACUGAAAAUACUGUUCUGAAGUGCCGCAUUGUAAAUCUACUUAGGACUUUUGUGAUGAAAUAUUUCAUUUUUUAUUUGUGAAAUUUAAGAUUAAAAUAGUGAGAGCCUUUAAUAAAAAAAUUAUUUUUGUAUAUUUUUGUGUGAAUAGGCAGAUGUUUGCAUUUUUUUUUUAUAUCCACAAAUGUUUUUGGCUAUUUAUGUGUUGUGCAAGAUGCUCAAUUUAUUGCCAAUUAUAUGCAUGAAUUGUAUGAUUUUUCUUUCAAUUAGAUUAUCAUAAUGUAUAUAUUUGUUCAAAAUCAAAUUAUUUUUAAUAAUCUAAAUUUUUUAUGCUUACAUUUCAUGUUGUAUAUCAAUAUAACAUGCACAUCAUAAUAGGUUUAAAUAAAUGUUGAACAACAUGCAAUGGCCUUGUAUCUUAUAUGUAGCACUUUAAAAUGAUCUUUAUAAAUGUUAAUCAUAACUGGUUUUACAUCAUGUGUGCAUUUGUUUUGUUAUACCACAUGAUUUUUUUCUGUUUUUAAUAAUUACUUGAUUUUCUUACAACAUAAAUAAUGUGAACAUCUUAUCUGUGAUUAUGUUAAGGAAUCUAUAUAUUUAAAUAGUUUAUAUUUCUCAGAUUUUAUACAUAAAAUAUAUAAUUUAAAACAAAAUGCUUUAGAAUAUUUGGAAAAAUUAUUGUGGCAACAACAUUUCAUACACACUAGUUGAUUAUACUGGGGUAGGUACUAACUUUUUCUUUGAACUUUAGUAGUGUGUCAAAAUUUAAUUUUUAAUGGAAUGAUGUUGAUGAAGGCAAAAGCACAAUUUGAUUGUGGUUCCAUGAAACAAAAUAAAGUAUUUCUGAACAUGGGGAAUUUAGGCAACCUUAUGGAUGUUUGCCAUACUAGUUUGUAAAAUUGAAACAUUGAAGACUUAGAUGACAUAUGUUGUGUCUAAUAUUACAGAAUAAAUGUUGAACAACAUGCGGUGAUCUUGGUAUUCUUCAAACUACAAAAGAUACAUAUAUUGAAAUUUGCUACAAUAAUUGGCCUCAUUGCAAAUUCAAUUAUGAUAUUUACAAUUUCAAAAAUAUAUAUUUAAUAUUUUGUUUUUUAAAUUAGGGGAAGAUCUUAUGUUUAUGCACCUUGUAUAACAUAGCAUGCUUCAUAGAAUAUUGUUGAUAUUAAAUAAAAUUAAAAACAUCUAACUGUUUUGUUAUUUUGACAAAUCAACAUUUUUGAUUAAAAGAUUUAUUUUGAUAUUUUUCAUUUAUGCUAUUUCUGCUUGUGUAAAGAAAAUUAAUAAAACUCUACAGUGUACAAAUAUACACAUUAUGUUAAUCACCUAUUUUCUUAUGUGGUUUGUAGUCAGUUGCAUAUUUUUGUAUUAGUUAGAAUUUUCCUUCAGAGGCAGUUAUUUUCAACAAAUCUUUGUGACAUGAAACUAUCCUCAUUGCUUCAUUCCCUUUGUAAUAUGAAUUAUUGCAAAUGAUUUAAAUGAAUUCAUAUUUGCACAACAUCAUUUGUUAAAAUGAUGUUAUUUCAUUUGUUGUGUCACAGAUUGUAUUGCAUUAAAAAUGCUUAAUUUGCAUUAUUUUUUUUAAUUUAAAACUUUUUAAAGUGAAAUUUAGGUUGCAUUAAUUUUUUUUUAACUUUAAAAUAUACAAGAAAAUGCUUUUUCACUGUUUUUUCUUUUAUUGUUUUUAUUCAUUUUAAUUUUUACUUCGGUUAAAAAAAUAUAAAUGAUAUAUAUAAUUGUAUUAAAAGUGUGAAUGGUGUUUCGCCUAUUAUCUAUUGCCAAAAAAAUUUUAUUGGGAAAUAAAACUAUACAUUUAUAAAAGAACUCUAUUUUCAUAUUUGCAUUAGGAAUUUAAUAGGAGGCAAUGCUGUCGUUUCUUCCUAUCCCCUCUAAUUUUUUAAUGGAGUGGGUAGGUAAUUUUUAUUUAUUUAAAUGGGGGAGGGGGGCUAAUGUAUUUUUUGUAAAACAGAAACCUAGACUAUAUUUAACUAGUGCAUAAUGUGGUAAUUAUAAUUAUAAUUUUAAAGGCAAAAUUUUAUUGCCAGCCUAGGACACUCUAAAACUUCGAGUGAUUCUGUAAACAUGGAUUAAUAAUACAUUAGAAUCACUUUGCUGUAUUUGUUUCUAUUGUUGUUUGAUGCUUCAGUACUUAAAAGUAACAAUCUUUUCAUUCAUUAUAAUACCAGGGAAAGUUAUAUUUUCUUCAUUUUCUGUUAGGUGUAAAGUUUUCUCUUGGAUUCCUUUGAUUUUUAUGUCUAUUGAAAGAAAUUUUGAUUUUUUUCAACAUUAAUAAUAAUAAAGUAUCAGAGGUAUUAAAUGUGCUAUGCUUCACUUAUAUUUAUUAGACAGUAUUAUUAUACAGACUGUUAACUGUGGUGCUCUCUAAAAUAGGUAUUUAAUAUAAGUAAAAUAAGUAAGUAAUAAUAAUUUUUAGUAGAAGUGAUUAACACAAUUGAUAUAAAAUUUUAAUAAUAAUAACCUGCUUUUAAAUUGACAAAAAAUACUAGAAAGUAA